AUUUAAAAAUGAUCAUUUGUUUGUUUAUAGUUAUUUUAAUUAUAUUAUAAACACGUUUAGGAAUUUUAUACGUGAAUAUACCAAAUUGUUCAUACCAAAUUGUAUUCUAUUAUGUUCUUAAGAACUGCUACUCCAGCACAAGCUAUGCUUACCGGGGGUGCUGCAAUAUUGUAUUUAUAAUCGUAAAUUUUAACGUAACCACUUGUAAUGUUGCAAUAAACUUAUUAUUAUUAAAAUAUAAGAGAUUGGCUGGGAAAGAAUAGUAGGCCGCGGUGUAGUCACUUUCCAUUUCACUAUAAUGAUUUUUAAUAGAGCGGUACAAAGUAUUUUGCCGCUGGUGGUUAAUGCAGCACCAAGUGCUAUAUAAUGCUGUAUACACACGCAUGUAGGUACAUCAAAUUUUGUUAAGAUGAAAUUAGUAUUUUACUGAACUCUGGAACUAUUUGUCCGAUUUGUAGCUGGUCAACUGUAUGCUACAAUACGUAAUAUUAUAUAGGUGCUAUGUAUUCCUCCAAAUAUAUAAUACAGUGGGAUAAAUGUAUAUAAUAUAAAUAUUAUUUCUACAGAUAACAGAUGACGGCUGUAGUCGUAGAACCCACUGGUCGUUUGGCGGUAGGGCUUCAAGCGGCGAUGGUGGUAGUUAUGGUGUUGUUGCUGGAGUGGCCAUCCGCAGCCAGCGGCGCCAGGAUACUGGCCGUGUUCCCGUACAACGGUCACAGUCACUUCGCCAUGGUCGAACCGCUGAUGGUCGCGCUAUCCGAACGCGGUCACCAUAUUACAGUGAUCAGCCCGUUCCCGCGACGCAAAGGCAGCGGCGGCGGACGUCGGUACGUGGACGUGGACGUGUCGGACACGCUUCCGCCAGUCAUCAGCCAGCUGAACGUGACAAAAGAGUUCGGGCACCUUGUGGAUCCGGUUACCGGGUUUAGACACCUGUGCCAAAUGAAUCACCGGGUGUGCGAAGCCACUUUUGAACACCCACUAGUCCGUGCGCUGAUCCACGAACCCCUCAGAUUUGACGUAGUGUUCGCCGAAGCAUUCGCCACCGACUGUUUCGCAGCGUUUGCGCACGCGUACGACGCACCACUGAUCUCCAUCCGGACGUCCGAUUACUCGCCGCAGCUCAACCGGCGCGUGGCCAACCCUCAGAACCCCGCGUACCUGGUCAACCACCUGCUCACGUACACCAGCCGUGGCAUGUCGUUCGCCCAACGAUUGGUCAACGCUCUGGCCACGCACUUCGGCGUCGUCGGUUACCACGCCUUCUCCGACGGUCCGUCCACCGAACUGGUCCGGCGGCACUUCGGUCCCGGUACACCACCGGUUCCUGAAAUCGCACGCCGGCGUACUGCACUAGUACUGGUCAACGCCCAUCACAGCUUGACUCAGCCCAGGCCAACGGUACCCAAUGCGGUUGAGGUGGGUGGCCUGCACAUUGCACAGCCUGCGGAAAUUGAAAACGAAUGGUCAGAUUACUGCGAUCUGUGUGACCAAGGUGUCAUUUACGUGUCUUUUGGUUCGUUGUUGAAGGGAUCGUCGUUUCCGCUACAGUUCACGAUGGCGUUCGUACGAGCCUUCGAAGCUCUACCGUAUUGCGUGCUGUGGAAAUACGAAGGCGAAAUGAUAUCCAAACGAAUUAAAGUGUCCAAGUGGAUGCCCCAACAGCAGAUCCUUGGUCACAAGAACGUCAAGGUAUUCAUAACGCACGGUGGCCUUAUGGGCGUCAUGGAGGCUGUCUACUUUGCAGUGCCGAUGAUCGGCAUACCUGUGUUCGGCGAUCAACAGUCGAACGUCGCUAACUGUGUCGCAAAAGGCAUAGCCAUCGGACUGAACCACCGACAGAUAACCGUUGAAAAACUGAUCAAAAGCAUACAAGCCGUCGUCAUGGACAGCAAAUACAAGUCAAAGGCAUUCGAGUUGUCGGCAAGAUUCAGGGACAGGCCGUCAAGUGCACUGGAAACGGCUGUGUUUUGGACCGAGUACGUGAUCAGACAUGGCAAUGAGACCAACACUGCAUCUCUGGCGAUAGAUUUUGAUUUUUACCAAUAUUUUUUGUUGGACGUGGUCCUCGUCGGGCUGUCGAUUUUGUUAUUUUUAUUUUACACAGCGUUCCGCAUAAAAAAAUGUAUAAGAUAAAAUGUUAUAACAGCGUAUUACUCGUAAGUCGUAACGCGAUUAAUAACAUCUGAAAAUAUCCAAAACCGAAAUGAACAUUUAUUAUUAUUUUUAUUAAUUAUAUUAUUGAUAAUUAUUUUGUAAUUAAAAGUUGUGUAAUGUUAUCUACUAUACCGUACCAUUUUCAAUGUUCAUAAACAAUAUUAUCAAAUUAAUUAACUACAUUUAUCGUCACUGCAUUUUUUA